AUGGCCCCACAACAUGUCACAACCAUCCUCCUCGCAGAGUUCGACAUCGACCAGGGCUCAGUCUUGACCCACCAGUACCCAGCCAACAUCACCUCCGACAACCAUGUACUAGCCGAACUCAUGUUGCCUGACGGUGCCCAUCUCAGGCCCGCUGACUGGACCAUCUUUUUCCUCAACCGGGCCAAGCCUGCACCUUGGAACGGCAAUACCGUCGCUGCAGACAAUGGCGAAAACCCUCUUCUCUAUGUCCUUAAUUUGGUCCGCACCAACCAUGAUGCAUCUAUCCGAAGAGGUGCAGCUGUCAAAGCCAUGGCGAUCUGUACAACUCACCAAUAUCUUCAUGUCUACAAGCCUGUACUUCUCCUCGCCCUCGAGAACUACUUCAAAAACCCUUCGAUUGAGGUUUUAAAGACCCUCUACGAAUCCGUCAACUCAAUGCAACUCGAUCCCCCAGAACUUUCACCCUACGAGCGCAUGAUCCUCAGAUCUUCCGACAAUAAGGAGCUUUUUAUUGAAAAGUUUGAAGCGGCAGGAGGCAGUGAGGAUGUACCGGCCAAGGUCGAUGUUGCACAUGGACUUGGGAUUGUUGUUGGACAGACACCAUUAAAGGGCAAGGACGGAGGGGCGCCAGCAGCAGCUAUGGCUAGGAACAGGGAUUGUCAAUUCUACGAAACCAAGGUCGUCUACGAUGGAAUCAAGAUCCCUAUCAGAGUGCCUUUGAGCAUCAACCCAGAAGAAGUCGGAGAGUUUUCGCUUAUCAAACUUAUCACGACCUUCAGCCCAUCAUCGCCCUCGCCCAAUCCUCACCCUUUUCACCCACAUCUGGACUCGAACGGCUCCAACACUCACCCCAUCAUGCUGCUGAUGAAUGCCCUCUUGACAGGCAAACGGGUUAUUUUUCUCGGGAACGGCCAUCCUGCUGGUGACGUUGCCAACUUUGUACUUGCCGCAUGCGCACUGGGAAGUGGCUCUGGCGGCGUCCUGCGUGGCUUCCCAGAGCGUGCAUACCCAUAUACAAACCUGGCCGGUAUCGACCAUCUCUUGACAUGCAAAGGGUUCAUCGCAGGAGUGACCAACCAGCUUUUUGAGGACAGAACGGCUUGGUGGGAUGUUCUCUGCAAUAUUGACACAGGAAAGAUUACCGUCAGCAAAGACAUCUCCCCCAUCGCAUUUUCGUCGUCCCACUCCGGACAUUAUGAUGAUACACGAGCAACUCCUAUGUUCAGCACCGGAGCAACAACUCAGUCUAGCAGCAAGCACGACAAUGGCGAUAACGAUUUUAUGGCAGACAUUCUCAGCGCAAUUCAAGCACACUAUGGAGAAAUGGUGAUUCGCGCCAGGUUUCAAGAGUAUGUCACCCGCUUUGUUCAACUAGCCUCUCAGUACGAAGAUCAGACCUAUGGCCAGACAACCAUCGGCAUCAACCGUAUCAACACUCCCGAGUCCAGCAAGUAUAUGGGCACUGGUUUGGUCUUUUCCGACGAAAGCUCUAGAUUGAAGGAGGUAGCAGCGAACGCUUCAAGAAUUGAAGGCUGGCGCGCUACAACCAGUUACAAAUAUCUGCAAGAGACUGGACGCGUUUAUAUUCGAUCGCUCAACCGAUUCGAAAGAAACACCUAUGAGCGACUCGCAAACGAGACUGCCGCACAAGAGGAAAUGUCGAUCCGGCAGUUGCAUGCAGCACGUCUCUCCGGGUCUACUAAUUCGCAGAGUUCGUUUUCGCCUUAA